AUGUCAGCACCAAAUACGAAACAGAUCAAACUUGAUGAAGCUGAAAUGCAAAAAGCAUUCGAAGUUAUCGGUGAUGUUCAAAACGAAAUCGAUCGUUUAAAUGAACAAGCCAGUGAAGAGAUUCUUCAAGUUGAACAGAAAUACAAUAAACUUCGACAGCCGAAUUAUAAAAAACGCUCGGAUUUAAUCAGCAAAAUUCCAUCAUUCUGGAUCAGUGUGUUUCUCAAUCAUCCUCAAUUGUCGGGUCAUUUGGAUCAAAACGAUGAAAAUAUUUUACAAUAUCUCAAACGUGUUGAUGUCGAAGAACAUGAUGAUAUCAAAUCAGGUUAUCGAAUUAAAUUCACAUUUGAUACUAAUCAGUAUUUUGAGAACGAUGUCAUUGUCAAAGAAAUCAGCGUGAGUGAAUCAAGUGAAACAACGUGUAAAUCAACACCGAUCCGAUGGAAAAAUGAAUCGAAAAAUGGUCAAUCAGCGAGUAACAGCGGCAAGAAAAGUGAUGGCGAAACAAGAAAACGUGCUCAUGAGGCAGAAAAUAACAAUGAUCAUGGAGCAUUCAUGGCCUGGUUUACAGACACUAGUAACGAAGGUAAUAACGAAGAAUUUGGCGAGAUAAUCAAAGAUGAUAUCUUUGUGAAUCCUUUACAAUACUAUUUGGCUGCAACAACAAACGAUGGAGAUGACGAGAGUGGCGGAGAAAAUGACGAAGAUGAUGAUCUCGAGGAAAAAGACGAUGAUCAAGAAUAG